AUGGGGGUGCAGUCUAGUUCCUGCCAUUGUGAGCCAAGCCCUUUGAGCAAGCAGGAGAAGGUUGAGGAGCAGAUUAUCAGAGAGUCUAGUAGAAAGGUUGGAAACAAGUGGGAGAUUGCUUAUCCAUGGAGAAAGGAUCCCAACCUACUUCCUAACAAUCGAGCACAAGCAGAGAAGGUACUGUGUUCGACUGAGAAAAGACUAGCUCGAAACCCAGACCAUGCAGAUGCAUAUAGAAAACAAAUGAGGGAACUGAUAGAGAAUGGAUUUGCACGAAAGUUAACAGAGAAUGAAGUAGCUCAGUACGAGGGUCCUGUUCACUACAUUUCCCACCACGCUGUUCUCCGGCCUGAGAAGAGAAGUACCCCUGUACGCAUCGUCUUCAAUUCGUCUUCAUCAUAUCAGGGUCAUUGCUUAAAUGACUAUUGGCUAAAGGGUCCAGAUCUUCUCAAUGAUCUGCUUGGAGUGUUGCUGAGAUUCCGGAUGAAUGAAGUAGGAUUUUGUGGUGACAUUUCUAAGAUGUAUCACAGGGUCUCAAUUCCUGAGAGAGAUAUGAAUGUACAUCGGUACCUGUGGCGAGAUAUGGAGACUGAUAAAAAGCCAGAUGUUUACAUUAUGAAAGUUGUUACAUUUGGCGACAAGCCAGCACCAGCUAUGGCCCAGUUGGCACUCAGGAUGACAGCAGAAGCAGCAGAGGCUAGAUAUCCGAAAGCAGCACAGGUACUGAAGGAGAGUGUCUACAUGGACGACAUAUGUGACUCGGUGAGAGAUGUAGGCGAAGCAGAGCAGCUGACAAGUGAAAUUGAUCAAGUACUUUUGGAAGGUGGCUUUAAAGUUAAAGGCUGGACCAGCAACGAAGCUUUGAGAGGAGAAAGUAAGAAGGAAGGUAAAACAAAAAUCCUCGAAGCCGCCUUGGAAGACAAAGUGCUGGGAAUAGCAUGGGACAACCAGCAAGAUAUGUUCUUCUACAAACUGAAGGACACAGUCAGCAGUUUUCCUAAUGAUGGAAAAGAAGAAUCGAGUGUACUUACCAAAAGGAAGAUUCUGAGUAGAAUUGCACGAAUAUUUGAUCCGAUAGGAUUUGCUGCCCCCUUUCUAGUUCGUGCAAAGAUUGGAAUGCAGCAGUUGUGGCAAAGAGGAUAUGAUUGGGAUGAACUUCUGCCUCCCGAUCUACAGGAGUGGUGGGUGACAUUCAUGAAAGAGAUGCAGGACUUGAAUGAUAUCAAAUAUGAGAGAUGCCUGACUCCACCAAUGGCUGUUGGUCACCCUUCACUGUGCAUAUUUGCUGAUGCAUCUGAGGUAGCAUUUGGAGUCUGUGUGUAUUUGCAGUGGAAGCUGGAAAAUGGUAAAUAUGCUGUUAGAUUUGUAGUUGCCAAAUCUCGAGUUGCUCCCCUGAAAAAGAUGACUGUGCCUAGACUUGAACUUCAGGCGGCAGUAAUGGCUUCAAGAGUCUACACAACAGUGAUGAAAGAACUGAGUCUGAAGCCUGAAAAGAUCAUCUUCAUGACUGAUAGCAUGAUUGCCCUCUCCUGGAUUCGAAGUGAGGGUAGGAGAUUUAAGCCAUUCGUCGCAGCAAGGAUUGGAGAAAUCCAAAGUUAUACCAACCCUGCACAAUGGAAGUAUGUUCCCGGAGAGCUGAACCCAGCAGAUGACGUCUCCAGGGGCCUGCCAGUAAGGAAGCUCUCAGAAAGAUGGAAACAAGGACCUGCGUUCUUGUACAGAUCAUACGAGGAAUGGCCGUCAGAAAAGGCUAUUCCAGAAGCAGAGACUGAGAUUGAAGCAGAACGACGAAGGGUUAAUCAUAUCUCAGUCAAGAACAAUGAUGUGAUCGAUGUCAAGAGAUUCUCCAGCUGGAAAAAACUGAUCCGAGUAACGGCUUAUGUUUUAAAGUUCAUCGACAAGCUCAAAGCUGUACUUCGGGCAAAGUCUAAUGUCAAUCUUGGAGAUGGAAACUUAUCGACAACUCAGUUGCAGAAAGCUGAACACUUUCUAAUUAAGGAAGCCCAGAGUUCCUUGUAUCAACGUGUACAGAAUGGAGAAUUCAAGACUCUCAGCCCUUUUAUAGACAACGAGGGAAUUAUCAGAGUUGGAGGGCGACUAGACAAGGCUCUGAUUUCUUAUGAGCACAAACACCCUGCUCUGCUGCCACAUGGAGCUUGGGUAUCAGUGCUGAUAACGAGACAUAUGCAUCAGCUAGGACACGGAGGCGUGGCAGCUACUGCAGCGAAGGUUCGACGUCAAUACUGGAUCCUGAAAAUUCAUAAACUGGCUAAGACUGUAAAGUAUAGGUGUGUGAUUUGCCGACGCAUGGAGCAGCAGGUUGAGUCACAAGUCAUGUCUGAUCUACCAGAUGAGAGAGUUGCCCCAUAUACACCACCGUUUCACUUCUCAUCUGUCGACUAUUUUGGACCGAUAUCAGUCAAAGUUGGAAGGAACAAGACCGCCAAGCACUAUGGGGUCCUCUUCACCUGCCUGAAUACAAGAGCGGUACAUCUUGAAGUGGCCGUUGAUUGCUCAUCCAUGGAGUUCAUGCAGGUACUACGAAGAUUCUUUGCUGUGCGGGGUCAGCCUGCAUUACUGCUAAGUGACAACGGUACACAAUUCGUAGGGGCAGAAAGAGAGUUACGGGAGAUGGUGAGAGGUUGGAGCUAUGGGGAGUUAAAGGACUUCUGCGCCGAGAGAGGAACGACAUGGAAGUUCACCACUCCAUCUGCACCGCAUCACAAUGGAUGUGCUGAAGCGUUAGUUAAAAGUUGCAAGAUCGCCUUGAAGAAAGCAGUCGGGGAUCAACUGGUCACACCCUUUGAGUUGCAUACAUGUCUCCAAGAGGUCGCAAAUCUCGUCAACCAGCGCCCUAUCGGAAGAACUCCGAAUGAUCCCGAUGAUGGAGCAUAUCUGUGUCCAAACGAUCUUUUGCUUGGAAGAUCUUCGAGCGCAGUCCCUCAAGGACCCUUCAGAGAGACGAAGAACCCGAGACAUCGCUUUGAGUUUGUCCAGCGAAUCGUCGACGCGUACUGGAAGAGUUGGAUGCGUGACGUCUUUCCACUACUGGUGCCACGACGAAAAUGGAACAGUGACAGAAGGAACGUCCGAAUCGAUGACGUGGUUAUACUCUCUGACCCUAAUGCAGUUCGAGGAAAGUGGACAUCGAACAGUUAA